AUGACCGACGAUCGCAAUGUCAUUGAAAUCGACUUUGCAGGCGUCCUUAACGGCUCAGCGCAUCUGACCAUCACGCCCACGAACCCCGCUUUGAGGACGGUGUACCUCCAUGCGUCGCCUCUGCUGCAGAUCAACAGUGUGACGCUCUCCUCCGACACCACGAGUAACCCUCUGCUACCAACACCAGCUUCCUUCGCGGUGACGAACGCCUUCCAGCCUCUUCCCGUCCGAGAACCACCGAUAGAUCUCAAGAGUCACCAGGAGAUCAAGCGCAAGACGUGGGCCGCGCUCAGUGAACGCGAUGAAGGCGAGCUCGCCAUCUCCGUGUCGCAUGGAUGGGUUCGACUGGUGGAAACGGACGGUGCAGGACCAGAUGGUGGCCCAGCCGUAUCGUUGGCUCCCAUCCAGAUUCAGAUCGACUACCAGCUUGUUGUUGGAGGAGAGGUGGUGGAGGGCAUCGUGUUCAGACGACCAGGAGACGGUGGUGACGACACUCGAUGUACGUGGGAGCUCGAGUUCAUCGUACCACGAUACCUGGAAGGAGGCGAACCGCGCGGCGACGAUGUCGCUUACCCUGUCACCGUCGUGGCAAGCGGCGAACUGAUUGAGCAGGUUACGCACCCGCACGACCCACAUAAAGUCGUUUUCUACUACAUCCAGACGACACCGGCAACUGUCCAGCACAUCACGUUCGCCGCCGGUCCGUUCGAGAUGUACCAGGUCCCCGCAUUGCACGGUGGCGAAACGCAAAAGCCAAUGCUGGCGUUUUGCCUUCCCGGGCAGUUGGACGAGCUGAUCAACUCGACCAACUUCCUCUGUCGCGCCAUGUCGUUCUACACCACAGAAUUCGGUUCAUUCCCGUUCAGCGCCUUCAAAAUGGUGUUUGUGUCAAAUCCGCGAGUGCAGUGCUUCACUGCCGUCACCAUGGCGAUCUUAUCUUCGGACCUUCUCUACCCAGCCAAUGUGAUCGACCAAGCCCUGGAGACGCGGCAAGUUCUGUCAAUCGCGCUCAUCCAACAGUGGGUGGGUGUCAAUAUUAUCCAGCGAACACUGGCGGACACCUGGCUCAUCGUGGGACUAUCGCAAUACCUGCACUCCCUCUUCAUCCGGCAUUUGCUCGGUAACAACGAAUUCCGCUUCCGGCUGAAGAAGGACAUCGAUCGCUGCUGCCGCCUCGAUCAGGGGGACCAGUAUCCUCUGUGUAUGCCGAACACGAUUGAUCCGCCGUCUGCGAGCACCAUGAGCUUCAUGACGCUGAAGGCGCCCCUUGUUCUUCACAUCCUGGACCGCUACAUCGCGAAGGCUGGGACGUCGCUUGGACUGUCGCGCGUGAUCCCGCGGAUAUUCCUCGCCUCACUGUCCGACGAGCUGCCAGGGAACAUGUUGUCGACUGGCUAUUUCUUCCGACUUUGCCGGAAAGCGUCGGGUAUGGACAUGCAGCCGUUCAUCGACCAGUGGGUGUAUGGAAGUGGAUGCCCCCAUUUCCAGGUCCGAACAAACUUCAUCCGAAAGAAGUUCACGGUGGAAAUGACGAUCAUUCAAGUGCAACCGGCGAUGCAGGCUGCGGAGAAGCUCGAUGACAAGAAUAAGCUUGCGCGGCUAGCAACUCGGCGACCAACGCCUUUCUUCGAGGGAAGUCUGACGAUCCGUAUCCACGAAGCCGACGGCGCUCCCUUCGAACACCUGCUGGACAUAAAGACGGCGGACAAAACGUACAACCUUCCCUUCAACACGAAGUACAAGCGUACGAGACGUUCUGGCCAUGUCGCUGCUCGUUUCAGCAAAUUACAAGAUGUCCUUGCUCAAGCGGACGACAACGAGGUCGAGCAGGCUGAGCAGCUCAAGGAUGUGGACCGGACGGAGGUUUUCGCGUAUCUACCCUGGGACGACGAGGAGGAGUACCGAAAAUGGAGGGUGCAUGAUUGGAGCGAGGAAGAAGCCCAGGCAAUGUUAGGCGAGGGUGGUGGUUACGAGUGGAUCCGUGUUGAUCCGGAUUGCGAGUGGCUGGCGACCUUUGACAUUCAGGAGAAGCCGUGGUUCUGGAUCUCGCAGCUGGAGGGAGAAAGCGAUGUCGUGGCUCAGCUUCAGCGCAUGUGCAUGUACCCCUCACCAGUGAUUGCCAGUGAGCUGGCAAAGGUUGUGCUAGUCGAAAACUACUUCUACCGAUAUAACUCGGCUGAAGCCGACUAUAUGGGGCUGUUCCUCCUUUUGAAACUGUUCCAUACCUUCUACUGCGAGCCGACAGACGAGGAAGAACCAAGCAACGUCAAAGCUGUGCCGCUGCCGAACGACUUCAGCAACUUUGCCAACUACUUCCUGAAGAAGAGCAUGGUGACCGCUCUGUCUGACCUCCGAGACCCUGCUACGCGAAGAGUUUGGCGUCACGUUCGAGAGCUGUUGCUCGAUCUGCUGCGAAUGAACGACAACAGUCAAAACGAGUAUUCCGACUCGCACUACGUCGCCACUGUAAUCUCCGCAAUCGGCAGCGCAUUCUCGGCAGGCGUCAACGUCGGAGGUAAUCUGAGUGAGGAAGAUCAGGUCAUGGACGGUCAACUGUUCAAGGAGGCGAGCGAGGCAAAUGAGCGUGCCAUCACGGUCGACCGUUUGGUUCCCAGUUACCACAACGUGGUGACGUUGGCUGGCCUUCAGGCUCAGUUGAAGUCAAUUCUGGUCGGCCAGCGAACCAACGAUCCGCGAUUAUUCCUGGGUUACACGCGCGAGGGUAACUACGAACCUCUGCGACUCGCUGCGUUCGACUGCCUGCUGCUCUGCAAACCUCCAGGACGCUCGAUGGCGCUGGCUCAGUAUCUGUUCGACGUGAUCAGAUACGACUACUCCUUGACUGUUCGCCGCCAUGUUGCUCGUGCACUUUCGGAGUCAAUUUUGAUGACUCUUGCUGCUGGUGAAGUCUACAUGUCUUCCGCACCUGGUAUCAUUGACAUGAACGGCGACUCCGGGCAAAGGGAGCGCGAACGAGAUCACGAAGAUGCCAAGAUCGUCAAGGCCGUGCGCAAGGAGUUCAACACCAAGACUGAGCUGCGAGAGCUAGCCCAGAAGGCGCUCCUGGACUCCUUCACUGGAAACGAUCACGAAAUCUUGUUUGCCUUGAUCAAGGCCGCCGAAGUCAUGUCGUCCGGAACAGCGGAACCGAAGCCUGGCGUGCUGAUAACACUGCCAACCCCGACAGACACGCCUUCGGCAUCUACACCGAAGAUCAGGUUCAGUUUAGCGGGCAAGAGCGGUUCUUCCUCUGCAUCUGCAUCGGCACCUGCACAGGAGGGUGGCGACUUCCCCUUCCCCGACCAACCCGCCCCAGCUCCCGAACCUCCGGCGUCCGCCUCUGGACCCAUCAAGCUUGUCCUUAAUCAGCCGACGAAAGAGAAAAAGAAGAAGAAGGCAGCGGUUGUCAAGGCACAGGCUAAGGGUUUGUCCGACUCAGACUUCAAGACGAUCACUUAUGUACUGCAAAAGCUUCUCGCCGACAAGCGCAGUACCUUCUUCCGCAUGCCGGUCGACCCGAUUCGCGAUCACGCUCCCGACUACCUCAGUAUCGUGACGAACCCCAUGGAUCUAUCUACGGUUCAGGCGAAGAUGGACAAUGGCCUGUACACGUCGCGCAAGGAUUUCGAGAACGAUAUUCGGCUCCUCAUUUCCAACUGCCACCUUUACAAUCCUCCAGGAUCAGGCGUGAGGAAGGCAGGCGAGGCGUUCGAAAAGUUCUUCAACGGUCUCUGGAAUAAGACCGAGAACACUUUGAAGUCCUCCGCGAAUGGUGAUGCCGAAGAAGGACCUUCCACGUCUGAGAAGAAGAAGGCCGGUCGGCCCAGUUUAUCCAUUUCAACGAAGAGUGCCAUGCCUCCACCCCCCGCUCCUGCUCAGUCGUCUUCCAGUGCCACGAGUGCUUUACCGAAGAUCAAGAUCAAGUCUGCCAAAUCCGUCACUCUGGACGUCCCGUCGCCUCGCGCCUCGUCGCCGAUGGCCCCUCCGCCGGUACCGUCUCGCAAGACGUCGGCUGCGUCGUCACCAGCGAAGGAGAAGGCGCCGAAGAAGAAGCGCGAGAAGGCUCGGGACCCAUUGGACGACCUCCUUGGCGCUGAGGUUGACGCGAUCGAUCGCGAGAAGGGUGGGGACGAACUCUUUGACGAGCUUCUCGGCACGACUCCACCGCCACCGGCGAAGAAGUACAAGAUCAGCAAGUCGACAGUCUCCAUCAGUUCGCCUCGCCCUCGACCCUCUCGGUCACCAUCGGAGGCGAGUGAUCAAUCUGAUCAGCCUCUGUCGAAGAAGAUCAAGCUGAAGUCAGCGUCAUCGUCCAGCGAGCAGAAGUCGAAGCGCUCCUCGCUCAGCAGCGAGCCUUCGUCGCGUCCCCUCGCUGAUAAGGGCAAGUCAUCCAGCGACAAGCCGCGAUCGACCUCGGACAAGACGAAGUCGACGGGAGAGAAGACGAAGCCUUCUUCUACCUCGGAAAAGCCUCGUUCCUCGAUCGGCGAAAAGAGCAAGCCUACCUUCGAGAAGUCUUCGAAAAUUAGCAGCGAAAAGCCGCGGUCGAGCACCGACAAGCCUCGUUCGAGUAGCGACAAGCCUCGCGCGAGCCUUGACAAACCGUCGAAACCGAGCAGCGAGAAGCCGAGGUCGAACGGUAGCGAGAAAACACGAUUCUCGGAGAAACCGAAGUCUACUGAUAGACCGAGGUCACCAUCAAAGGCAUCCGCGCCCUUGGCCGCUUCCUCUGUGGCAGGUCCAUCCACAGCUCCAGCGGCGAACCCAGCCGAAGUCCCUCCGCCGAUGUACCCGCUUGGAUACGCUCCUCAGUGGCCGACACCACCUCCAAGCCUGCCGCUCACGGUGAAAAACAAGAUGCCGUUUAGGCAGAAGCGCGCCAAGACUCUCAUCAAUGCCUUGAUGAAGGAGCCGAACGCGAUCUUCUUCCUGCGACCCGUCGAUCCGGUGCGCGACGGCUGCCCGACCUACCUCGACGAGAUCGCCGAGCCGUCGGACUUUGGCACCAUACAGAAGAACAUCGAAUUGAAGAAGUACUCCACGAUGGGCCAACUGGCGCGUGCGAUCGAGCUUGUGUUUUCCAAUUGUCGGCAGUUCAACCCUCCUGGUCCCAUCACGGACGCGGCGGCGAUCACGGAGGCGCUGUACUGGAAGGAGUGGCCGAAGGCUGUAUCGCAGAAGCUGCUGCCCGAGGAGCGCAAGGCGCUCACGGCCGUCAUCAACCGCUCGUUCCGGGACCCAUUGUCGCAGUUGUUCCGCGAGCCCGUGGACCCGAUCGCGCUCGGUAUUCCGCAAUACUUUGACAUCAUCCCCAGGAGGAUGCGCGCGACCUCAGCCUGA